GCAGAGCGAAGUUUGUCCCUUUGCAGCCUCUAUAGAUAAACUGUUCGGUAGGAAAUAGUUGUAAUAUAGCUUUGCGGGAACGAUAGCAGUAGUGUCUGGAGUAUGGAUAUUUACUAUUUUAAUUAAGCGGGAAAGCAGGAUCUGAAACUUUUAUCUAAAGAUGCUAUGGAGGGAACUUCUAGACCUGACGAGUCUUCACUGAAGAGAAAGGCCAAAUAACCAAGUUCAGACUUUUCUGCUGUGCCUCUUACAUCAGACGUUUCUCAAGACUGAAAGCAUAGAGGUUCAUCCAAUUCUAGGUUCAGAUUCUUCAUCUGAGACCACUUCAGAGGCCACCAUGGAUCUGAUAGGCACAUCCUUGGAUAGGUGUACUUAGUUCAUCCUGCAGGAUGAAUGGGACAGUCAUUCCCCAUACACCCAUUGCUGUGGAUGUUUGGCAAAUCAGAACCUGCAAACGGGCAAGUCUAUUUUUUCUGUCCCAUAUGCACUCGGAUCACACUGCUGGACUGACUUCAACAUGGAGCAAACCUAUUUACUGCUCACCGAUUACAGCUAAAUUACUGAAGCACAAACUACAGGUUAAAAGUUGGUUGAUCCGCCCUCUUGAAGUUGGUGAAAGCCAUAUGUUGCCACUUGAUGAACUUGGCAGAGAGACGGUGACUGUGACCUUGAUAGAUGCCAACCAUUGUCCUGGAUCUGUUAUGUUCCUCUUUGAGGGAUAUUUUGGCACUAUCCUUUACACAGGUGACUUUCGCUACAGACCAGAAAUGUUGAAAGAACCACCCUUAAACAACAGAAAGACAAUAGAUGUGUUGUAUUUGGACAAUACCAACUGUAUACCGGGGCAUACUUUGCCAUCUCGUCAGGAAGCAACAGAACAGAUAAAAGAUGUAAUACGCAGCCAUCCGUUGCACAACAUUGUGAUUGGGCUCUACAGUUUGGGAAAAGAGACUCUCUUGUCUGAAUUGGCAUUGGAGUUUAAAACCUGGAUUGUUGUAAGCCCUGAAAGAUAUAAAAUCAUGCAGUUACUGGGUCUCUUAAAUGUCUUCACUACAGAGGAAGGAGCAGGCCACAUACGUGUAGUAGAUCAGAGUGAGAUUAAAUUUUCAACUGUGUCUGAAUGGAACAGAACGUAUCCAACACUUGCUAUUAUACCAACAAGCAGAGUCCUCAAGAUCUGGCAUAAAGGGAUCCAUGUUGUUCCAUAUUCAGAUCAUUCCUCUUUCCAGGAACUGGAAGAAUUUGUAGCUUGCCUAAGACCAUGUUCCAUUGUGCCAAUCGUUAAGAAUAGGGCAUGUGAGAUUUAUUUUCAGAAAUACCUCACCCCUACAAACAAGUCUGUUCAAAGAACAAGAAUCCCUGAAUCGGUGAAACAUUUUAUGGAUCAACAAGAUAAAUUGGUAUCCCGACUUUCUUUAAAUUUUAAAAGAUCCUUUGGUUGCAGAAUUCCUAGAGGUGUUGUUUUCGAGACACCCGAGAAAAAAGCACCUUGUUCUACAAAGUCAGGAAUCUCUGUGGAUCAAGUAGAAGAGAUUGUAGCUGAAAAACAGGACAGUUCCACCACUCAGGCUUUGAGAACUAUCGGCGACCAUCCUGUCUUGUUUGAAAGCAGUGUAAGAUCAGUGGCCAACAUAGAUGGUGACUUGUUUAUGAAAUGUGGGAGACAAUACAGUAGUGGUGAAAAUGACAACUUGAUGGCAAAUAGCAGACAGCAUGUCGAAGAAACACCUUUAACUAAGACAAUGGGCUGUGUCACUGUAGAAGAGAUGGAUAGUGACAAAUCUCUUGGACUACAUUCCAGAAUGGAUUUUCUUCAUGGAAAACAAAAGAAGCCACUUACAAAUGGUACCUUCCAACAGUCCUCACUACUUGAAGAAAGAAAGUGUUACACUGAGGUUUGUUGUAACAGUUUGAAUAAUCUGUUAACUUUUACCUUAAAACCAAGAAAAAAAGUGAAAAGAAAUGCACAAAAUGAGAUUCCUUGUAUAAUGUCUGAUUUUCAGGCAUCAUUAAAUAAUGCAGAUGAGGAACAUUCCGGAAACACUGAUUCAUACAAUGUCAUCAGCUCCGUGAUAUCAAGGUCUGUUGGUAUGGAAAAUGCCACUUGUUUUCCAUUAUCUACAAACUGGACUGUUAAUAAACUUGCCGAAAGUUAUACUCUGUGCCCACUGAGUCAAUUCACAGAAUACAAUGCACAGCUUUUUGAUAAAUUUGUUGAAAAAUAUUUUGAUACAUUGCAUAACUACUAAAACUGUUGUAUACUUUUCUGAAGUUGACAGAUUGAGUGACAUGCUUUUAUAUGCACUCAUUGAAUUAACUCACUAAUGCGUCUGAGGUGUGUGUGUGUGUGUGUGUGUGUGUGUGUGCGCACUCCCACCCGCAUGAAGGUCUGGAUAUUGUUUGCCACAAUUCUUUGGAGAAUGUUGACAGCAGAGAGAUGUCAUUAUAAUUGCAGUAGUGGAUGUAGUCAUUACUCUUUGAUUGUUACAAACUAUGGUUGCGCAGUAAUAGAUUAUUAGAACACAGUAUACACGACGUGGUACAGUUGUGUUUAUUUUUGUGCACUGACAUGACAUCUCCGUGUUGAUUUUCUUCUGCUCGGAUGGGACCUCAUAAUACAUAUUCAUUUUAUAGGCAUAAUAAAACUCCGUAGGCUUUGUUAGUGUUGAUCCUUAAAACUGAGAGCAAACGUCUGAGUUUGGAGCUGCUGUUAUACCAUGCUCCUUCUUGUUACUUGAUGCAGCAUUGUUUACAGCCAGGCAUGGCACUGCUAUGUAACUACACAACCACAUUGCAUAUUAGACAGUAGAUUUAGUGCAGUUUCCCUGUUAACAUUUAAAACAAUGUUUAUAGUAAUUUUUUAGACUGGUUAGAGAGAAAACUAGACAACAAUGGUCUUUCAGUAUUUUGGGUCUGAACAAAAUGAAGUCCCUUUCUGUGCAGUAGUAGGGAAGUAUACAGUCCAUCACUGUUUGUUUCACUAAUACAGUGAAGAACUUUACAGUCAGGAAUUUGCAUUUUGCCUGUCAUUACAUUUUUACUUGUAGUUGCAUUCUUUGUUUGCUAUGUUUCUGCUCCACGCCAUAACUCUAAUACCUUACUGGAGUCAAUACACAUCUCUCCCGGCCGCUGGCUAAUGACUAGUAGACAUCAUUGUAUAGAUAGGCGGGUGAUCCUUUGGAAGGUCUAGCCUGCAAUGUAGUGCCCUUUGCCACUGUGUUUACCCUGUACUUAUGUGACAGGAUAUGAUGCUUCAGCCAUGAAAUUGGUACCACAGCCUUCACUGGGUGUCCAAUUUGUGUUAAGCAGUACACAUGCCCUUUACUAAAGGAUGAAACACUUCUACAUUUACUUGGUCCGACUUCAUUUUAGAUGGUCCAUUAAGCAUUUCAUUCCUCCUUGUGCUCUUGGUUUUAGAACUACAAAUCGAACCUCUUUGAAAUGAUGACUUUAUGCACGCCACAGAAGCAGAGAUGAUAAUGUUUAAAUGCAGUUUUCUACCAUUGUUGGAAAGAUCCCCUGUUUUGUCUCCUUAAAUGUCAUUAUGCAGUACAGACUAGUACUAAUAUAAAGUUUAUAUUUGUAACAUUAAUAACUGCAUGAUGCAGGUUCAAAUACCAUUGAUACAGAUGUUAUUUAUUGAACUGAAAAGUCCAGUCUUCAGUUAGAGUAUUGUCAGAACAUUGUAAAAAAAGAUGUGUUUUGCCUUUUACGAGUCUUUCAUUAUCUCAGUACAGCACAAGGAUGCCCUGGCUUUAGUGGUUCCUUUACGUUUUUGUCCUACAAAAUGCUUACACAGAGCACAUCAGUGUGGCAUCUAGCCGUUUUAAGUCCAGUUAAAUGUUGUGAAUCUCCCCCUUUGGUGGCACAGAGGGAUAAAGCACUGACUGUGCCCAGGCACCCUGGGAUUGAUGUAGUAGCUUGGGUGAUUAAUACUAAGUAAAAUCCCUUUGAAGAGGGAAGAGUGUGCCUGCCUAAGAGGCCCUGCGGUCAGGCAGGUUUUGGGGGUAGGACAAAAGGCAGAUCGAAAAAAAUGAUCUGAAUACAAUAUUUUGAAUUAGUGAUCUUGUUAUUUAACUUUUUUUAAUGCUGUGUAAUGGUCUGUCACAGUUUCAAGUGUUGAGUUUUGUAAUAAACAGAGCUGCUA